CCACUUCCUUACCGCUCACCUUGGCCAUAAUAAAUAUUUAUACUAGACAGAAUAACCGUAAUGAUAUUUAUAUAUAUAAUUAACGACCUUUCAUACUUUAAUAUAAUAAAUAUCAAUAAAAAUAUAAAUUGAUUAUUAAUUUAAUAAUAAAUGAAAAAUAUAAUUAAAAGUGUACAUUUAUGCAAAUGAAUAUUAUAUAAAUAUAAUUUAUAAAUGAAUGAAAUAAAUAAUUUUAUUUAAAUAACGAAUUUAAUUAAAUUAAAAAAAGAAACAACUGUGUGAAGUGUUAAGUCUGUGAUUGUGAUUAUGGCGAAUUUUAGAAAUGAUACACCAUCUCCAAAACCGGACAGCACCUUCGGCAUGCGUCACGUGAUCGCGUUCCUUCUAUUCCUCGCGAUCACGGUGUCGUACGCUACCCGGGUCAGCAUGAGUGUCGCUAUCGUCGCCAUGACCAGCCCCAAUGAUUAUGAAUAUCCGGUAUUCGAUUGGGAGAAGAGCAUUCAAGAUACGAUCCUCUCAUCCUUCUUCUGGGGAUACAUCGUGCUACAGGUCCCUGCUGGGAUGCUGGCAGGGAGAUUCGGUGGCAAUUUCCUGAUCCUCGGUGGUAUGGUGUGCACGGGAAUCGUAAAUUUGUUGGUGCCAGUCGCUGCAGUUCAUGGUAACUGGAUAGCAGUGUGUGCGUGCCGUAUUGCCAUGGGGCUGACACAGGGCCUCCUGUAUCCCUGUGUACAUGGUUUUCUAGGACACUGGGCACCAGAAGCUGAGAGGAGCCGACUGGGAACAUUCGUGUAUGCUGGUGCUCAAUUAGGAACAAUAAUUGAAAUGAUGACGUCCAGUUUGCUAUCGGCCAGCCGGUGGGGUUGGCCUUCGGUGUUCUACGUGGCUGGUAUCAGCUGCAUCGCCUGGUCAGCAGCGUGGGUGGUGCUCGGCUCAUCCACACCUGGUACCAGCAGGUGGAUAUCGAAAGAGGAGAGGAAGUACAUAGAAACGAAUGCUGCCUCAAAUGACAUUGAAUCGCACAAGAAAUUAUCUACUCCGUGGAAGGGAAUUUGGACAUCAUUACCCUUCUGGGCUAUACUGAUUGCUCAUUGUGGCCAAAGUUUAGGGUUCUGGACCCUUCUCACCGAACUUCCCUCAUAUAUGAGUAAUGUGCUUAAAGUCAAUAUUAAAGAUAAUGGGCUAUUAUCCGCCUUGCCGUACCUAGCGAUGUAUCUUUUAAGCUUUAUAUUCAGUUGGCUUGCUGAUUUUCUUGUCAACAGAAAUAUCAUUAGUAAAGUGACUUCCAGGAAGAUUUUUAACACAAUCGCAUUCUGGGGUCCAGCAGUAGCGCUACUAGUCUUAUCGUAUCUACCACCAGGCCAUCUAGCGUUGGCUGUCGUCAUACUUACGAUCACCGUGGGUCUGAACGGCGCACAUUACGUCGGAUUUAUGCUGUCACAUCUGGACCUAUCGCCUAAUUUCGCCAGUACACUAAUGGGUAUAACGAACGCAGUGGCUGGCAUUUUUUCCAUUAUGGCUCCUCUGAGUGUCUCCGCUGUAGUGCGAGAUCAGACGGAAGCAUCGGAAUGGCGGAAGGUAUUCUUUAUAUCAAUAUCAAUGUACUUCCUCGGCAACUUGUUCUAUAUAUUGUUCAUCACUGGCGACGUACAGAAAUGGAACGAGCCAGCGUAUGAUGAUGAUGAAGAAAAUGGAAAUAAGAACGAGGAAGAAAAAGUCUCUAAAUUCUGAGAUAUGUACUGAUUUUUUUUCUAAGCGGAAAACUGUUUUCAACGAUAUCUACUACAGUACUUUCAAGAAAACUUCAUAAUUGUACUAUACAACGUUCGGUCGAUAUUGUUGUACAUUUAUGUUUUCCUUUAAAAUGUGAUAUUUAAAAUUGCAUAAGAAUUGUACAUAAAAAAAAAAAAAAAAACAUUAAUUAUUUUCUUAAUUUUAAAGUGUUAUCGAAUAUAUGUAUAGAUUUUUUUCGACUCAUUGAUUUUUAAGUCAACACAUCGUUAUGUACAUUGAAAAUUGGAUUCUAAUUCCAACAACACAUAAUUAAAUUUUGUAUUUCAAUCUAAGGUAUCGUCGAAAAUAUUGUUAGUAAAUUUAUGAAAAAAAUAUAGGUAUUAGAAAUAAAACCUAACACAAAAGUUCAGCAGUAUCACAAAAAACAAGGAUCUAUUAAAAAUCUAUAUUUUAACAAGAAAUGACAAAUAAGCUUUAUUAUAAAAAAAUUGUUAUUAUACAUAAAAAAAAAAACAAAAUGUGAGUGACUGUGAGUGUGGUGGGAAAAACUGGCCAUAAUCUGACAACUUUAGUUUAUUUUCUUCUAAACAAACGUGGUCAAUACAAUUUGAUUCCUACAUUCAUAAAGUUAAGAAUCAAUUUUGCUAAGACUCCGGUAUAACUUGUGUAAUACAUUUUUACAUGAAAUCUUAUUAUCCAUCCAUGCAACAGUGUGAAGUAUUUUUUUUUUAAAUACACACAGGACAAAAGCCUGUCAAUUACAAAGAUAAUCACUGAUUUUUAAAAUAGAUAAAGUUUACUUUCGUAUCGGUUACAAUAAUUAUGUCACGUUUGAAGUGUUUUUUUUUAAAAGGAAAUUCUUAAAUACCGUUCGCUUCGCAGAAGGACUGUUUAUUUCAUUUUAUUUAUUAUUAACAGAUAAGAAUAGAAAAAAACCGUUUGGUGCCUAUAAAUAGUCGACCAAACCAAAGAUGUGAUAUACCUUAACAAUAAUCAAAGUGCCUUAUUUAUUAUAUUUUUAAUUUUUAAAUUAUGUACAUAGACAAAUGAAAUUAAAUAGUGUUUUAUAAUUAAUGUUUAAU